CAAUCGAGCAGGCUUUAAGAGUAGUUUCAUGGAAAGACUUCAAAUUUUAAAAUUCAUACGUGAUCCCUCCACCAUUCUCACAAAGCAAACUAAACAUAAACACGAGAAUUUUAAGAAUGGAAAACCUCACAAUAGCGGAAAUAGAAAAUCUCACACUGCCGAGAUACGCCGGAGGCAAAGUCAUGAGCGGUAAAAAUUCCUUUGAGCUGUACGUGAGCUUCCUGUGGAUAUUUGCUUGCAUAUAUGUCCUUUCCAAACUGACCCAACUUUUGGAGCGGGUCCUUGCACAGCGGUUGCUCGGCCAAAAGCAAUGGUGCGACGUGCGCUCAGUCGAAAAUGAAUGGCAGCUUACCCUGCAACUUUACGAGGAAGACAAGCGCCAGCUGGAGGCACAGGUGCGCGAGCUGCGCGAAAAGAACCUUAUUAUGGAGCGCAUGAUGGUCGAACUGCGCGACUGCAACAUCCACUUAAUAAGCGCGAACUUUAUGCGGUCCGUGAUGCAGGAUCAGAUUUCGCGACCACCACAGCCGAACAUUUACGUCAGCAACACCCACUUUCAUCUUACACGCCAGGUGAUCGUAAACGAGAGACAUAUCGAUCUUAAUGUUCAUAACGCCGGCGGGAAAGUUACCGACUCCAUGGGCUCAAUGGGUGAGGAUCUGAAUGUCUGGCUGCACUACCUGAAGAUGCGCAAGUGCUAUAUAGGCCCGAUCGCCGAUCCAAAAUUGACAGCUCCUAGAAGUUCAGAGCAUAUGCUUCCCAUUGUUAUGACUACCGAGCAGUUGGCCAAUUUGCAGGGUAUGAUCUAGUUGACUUUAUUUUUGAUGCAUUCUAAAUAGAAAUUUUCAUUGUUAUAUUAUUCAAAAAACAAAAAUAAAAAAAAAUUAUGUUUAAAACUAAUUUAUAGUUUUUACUUAUCUAUUUAAAAAUAAGGAAGGACACUAUAGUCGAGUACCUCGACUAUCAGAUACCCGAUAUCCGGCCGACAAAUAAAAACUCUUUUGAUAAGUCGUUGGACUGAGCUAUUAAGUGUAUUGAAAAAACCAACACGCAAAAAUCUGUUGUAGUUUUCAUUUUAUUAAAAAGUUCGGGAACUUUAGGGACACAUCUUGUAGAAUAUGGUGUCCGAUCCGGCUAGUUCGGAUAAAGUUGUCAAAAUUGUCUAGUCGGUCGAUUUAUUUAAUUGGUAUUUCAAAUACAAUUUCCGUUGAGUGCUUAGAGCCACGCAAAAUCGCUUUUAUUUGCCUAAACACCUACCAUCCUACCAUCCACACCAGCCCCCGCCCCUUUUGAUGGUCAUCAUGUCAACAUCUGGCGGAAACGAAACAAAAUAAAUGCAAAAUAUGCCUGUCUGCCAGUCGGUCGUCUGUUUGCUCCAACUGCGACUGCUAAGACGAUGACUUAUCAAGGCAGAAAUAAGCGAUUGCUUUCUUCAGCUCUCUUCGCCCAUUCUCCCGCUCUGUCGGCACUCUCCAUUUUAUUUUCUUUGCCAUGGGGUCAGUGGCAGUUAUCGUUGCAAUUUUGUAAUCAGUUGCCGACUCAAGGUUAAAUGCUCGCAGGCACAGUGGUACAAAGCCAGUUUUCCUGCUCCUGGUUGCUUUCUCGGUUUCUACAAUUAUUUGCUCCUAUCGAGAGUUGCCAUAUUUGAUUUACAUUUUUUCAAGUGCACCACUUUCGUUGUUGUUCCUGUUGUGCGGCUACUUUGUGGGUCAUUUGCCUGUCUGGUUCACGAGUAUAUGCAUGUACAUAUGUAGAUAUGUACAGUGUACAUUGUACACACUUGGAACUGGAAUCGGGGUUAUUUCGUUUUUUAUUUGUGAUUGUCACAUUGCUGAUUUAGAUUUAUUGCCAUUUAAAUGCAAUUUCAUUGUAUUUUCUGGAUCGGUGUUGUGCACAGAAUUGGGCCUUCCAUUUCUCCCUUUGCAUUCACAUUUUCUGUUUUUACUGUCAGCUUUGACAAUGAUGACGCUGAUGAAGCCCGAGUCGAUUAGUGUUGAAUGCUUUAUAAAUAAUUGAACGGAUGAAGUCACUGAACUAAUUCAACAGCUCGUCCUCGCUAGUAACACGUUUUAUCUGGCUUAGAGAAAUUUAAUAUGUAUAUUCUUCGGCGUUUAUGUUUAAAAUCUGCUAUCUGUUUUUUAAGCAUCGUUACUAUUAUUUCUAUACCCCUUACUCGUAAAGCAUAAGGGUGACAUCUGUUUUUCAAGCAUCGUUACUAUUAGUUCUAUACCCCUUACUCGUACAGGAUAAGGGUAUUCUAGAGUCUUCGGAAAGUACGAGACUUGUAGAAUGAAGCGUUUCUGAUCCCAAAGUGUAUAAAUAUUCUUAGUCAGGAUCACUGGCCGAGUCGAUCUAGCCAUGUCCUUAUGUCCGUAUGAACGCAGUGAUUUCAGAAACUAAUACAGUCAACAAUAUUGGGAUUAGGCAUGCAGAUUCUAGAGAUUGCUGCGCAGGGUAAUUUUGUUUCAGCACAGCUGCGACGCCCACAAUCAGCCCGAAACUGUGGCUCCUACAGUUUGAAUUCUAGAAUGACAAUUUUAACUGAAAUGCAUUGGUGUUGUAUUGGGUUUCAAACAAUUUAAAGAAAUUUUAUUUUGAAACCUCUUGUCAAUACUUAUCGGAAGGCCGAGAAAGGUUAAAUUGGACCGUUAGUUAAUAAGUAUCUAGUAAAAAUAUCGUUAAUGACGUCACGGCCAGUAGACAAAAGUGUAAAAUGUAAAAAUGUAAAGUAGAUUAUAUCUAAAAAGUAAAUUUAUUUUGAAGUUGGUUAGCUAAGUAGCGGGUAUCUGAUAGUCGAAGCACUCUUUAUUCCUAGUUUUACAUUACUUUACUCAAGUUUCAGGUAAAUUUAGCUUACACUUAAGUUUCACAAGUCAUAU